CCCGUCCACCCCGGCCGGCGCAUGAACAGUCCAACCCCCGAAUCUUCAACCCUUUCCGAACCAUCCAGGAACAAAGUUCGCCUACCGUCAUUCCGACCGAGUCCUUUCUUUGUCGUCAUUCCUACGCGACACCCACAGUCGGGUUUGAAAAAGCCUCGAGUUUGAAUCCUGCAACGCUUCGCAAAAAGGGUGCCCUCGUUGCCUUGCUCCCCCCUCGUCCACCAUGUCCAACUUGAACCAGCUCUAUCUCCUUGCCGACCACAUUAAGCUCUCUCUCCUCGAGCGCCAGCGCGCCCAGUCGCUCAACCUUGACGCCGACACUCAGGACGGUCACAUCUCCCGCUCCUUGGACCAGUUCAAGGAUGGCCUAGAAUUUCUAGACUCCGAGGCCAAGCGCCUCCAGGCUGCUAGCGAUGAGAGCGCCGCGCAGAACAUCACCGACUCGCUUCCCGCCCUUCAAAAGCAAUUCUCCGAUCUCACCUCUCAGUUCCAUGGCUUCUCGAACCCGUCCACCUCGUCGAUCACGACGUCGCCCAACGACCCUCUGCUCUCCCCCGACUUCGCCGCCGCCCAGUCCACGAAACCCCUCAAGGGCUCACUCCGCGGCCUCCCUGGCUCCGCCCCGAACAAGACUGUCCGAUUCACCGACUCCCCCGGCGGCAGCCGCGGCGCGGAAGAUCUUGAGGCUGCUGCUCUCUUCGGCGAGGGCCGGUACCGCGACGAUCCGGUCGAUACGGCGGGGUACCGCGACCAGGCCGAGGGGCUUGACAACCAGCAGCUGCACGCGUACCACUCGCAGAUCAUGCGCGACCAGGACGACCACCUUGACCGGCUGGGCGAGUCCAUCGGCCGCCAGAGGGAGCUGAGCAUGCAAAUCGGCGACGAGCUUGACUCGCACGUCGCGAUGCUCGACGAGGUCGAUGAGGUCGUCGACAGGCAUCAGGGCCGACUCGAUCGGGCGCGGAGGUCGCUUGGAAAGGUCGCGCGAGACGCAGGGGAGAGCAAGCAGAUGAUCGCCAUCAUUGUGCUCAUCAUUAUCCUCGUCCUUCUCAUUGCCAUCUUGAAGUGAUCGGAGCUGCUGCGGGACGCACGAGAGAGGGAAAAGAGGGAGAACCUCUCGCGAUAUAGUGAGGAGGUGUGAUGGCAGCCAUUUGUUAUUUUGAAGCCCCGUCCCUCCUCAGAGAGGCGCGGGGGAUGUACCUCGGUCGUCACCGAAUUCCUUUUGAUUCUAGGGCGCAUAGCAUGGUUUGGCGUUUGGGAGUUCUCUAUCAAAGUCGGUCUUCACUCGUAGUCGGAGCCCCAGGAUCACACUCACGUUUCUUUCACUUUGCUCCCUUGAGUGCCUGGUAGAACCGGGUGGCCUCAAGAAUGCAAGUGGUUUGGAGGGAACGGUCAUUGCGAUUGAUCCCGGAAAUGAACACAAACCUCGUGUCUUCUCCAUUGUAGUCUUGUAGGGACUGACCUUUAAGGUUAUGCAACGUGUUUAUGCUCUCAUUUAUACUAUGCGAAUGGUUGUUAACAGGAAAAUAGAGGGCAGUGAAUAUUUUAUCAGCUCUGAAUAGUUUCACUGGUUUCCAUCUGAUGGGGCACUUCCCGCACCAAAAGACACUGC